GAUGACCACUAUCUCAUCGGAGUGGGCAAGGCCGACAUCACGGGGCCCGUGGUCGAGAUCAACAUGAUGGGCUAUGCAAACACUGACCAGGUCGGCAGCGGCGUGCGUCAGCGUCUCUACUCACGCGCCUUCAUCGUGGGUGACCUUGACCACCCAGAGGACAGGUUCAUCUACCUCGUCUUGGACACGCAGGCCGGAGACACCGCUGUGCGAUACGGCAUUCUCAGGGGCCUUGCGGAACUCGGACCAGAAUAUGCCAUGUAUGGGCACGACAACCUGGCCGUCACGGCAACUCACUCUCACUCCGGACCUGGCGCCUGGCUCAACUAUCUACUGCCUCAAAUUACCAGCAAGGGCUUUGACAAGCAGAGCUACCAGGCCAUCGUCGACGGCUGCCUCCUGUCUAUCCGUCGCGCGCAUGAGAGCCUGGAGCCCGGCUCACUAACCGCCGGCAACACCAAAGUCUAUGGUGCCAACAUCAACCGGAGUCUCUAUGCAUACCUCGCUAACCCGGCGGAGGAGAGGGCCAAGUACAACAUCAGCGCGGAAGACGACGGCUCGGUGGAGAAGGACUUGAGUCUGCUUAAGUUCACGAGAGCGUCCGACGGCAAGAACAUUGGCGUGCUCACAUGGUUCCCUACUCACGGCACGUCCAUGCUGGCCAACAACACCCUCAUCACGGGAGACAACAAGGGCGUGGCCGCCGACCUAUUCGAGAAGACAGUCCGCGGAAGGGAUGGGGAGACGGACGAUUUCGUUGCCGGCUUUUCUCAGGCCAGCAUGGGCGACGCGAGCCCGAACACGCUUGGCGGCUGGUGCGACGAUGGCUCGGGCGAAAGAUGCGACCUGAAGACGAGCUCCUGCAGCAGCAGCGGCAUGACAAAGUACUGCCACGCAAGAGGGCCCUUUUUCAGGGAACAGGAUUCAGGGGCCUCGUCGUGUUAUGAGAUUGGCAAGCGGCAGUACGAGGCGGCCAUUGCCUUGUACGCCUCGAUGGAGCAGCAGCCGCCCAACAUAAAGGGGUCGGGUGUCAAGGCAUUCCACCGCUUCCACGACAUGUCUGAUUUUCAGUUCCAGCUGCCCAACGGCUCAGCCGUACGUACGUGCUCAGCGGCACUGGGCUAUUCUUUCGCUGCCGGGACCUGGGACGAGCCAGGUCACUUUGAUAUCACGCAGUGGGGAUCCGACGAGUCCAACUCGUCGCCGGCUUGGAAGGCUUUGCGAUGGCUUGUCGGAGCUCCCAGCAAGGAGCAGAUACAGUGUCAGGCUCCGAAGCCUAUUCUUCUCAACGUGGGAAAGACGCACAAGCCCUACCACUGGACGCCAGAUAUUGUGGACAUACAAACGUUCAGAGUCGGCCAAUUCAUCAUCAUUGUCAGUCCCGGAGAGGCGACGACGAUGGCUGGCCGGCGCUGGAAGGAUGCUGUUGUAGAGGGCAGUAGGACUCAGUUGGCCGAGGAACUAGACGGAAGGGAGCCGAUUGUGGUUCUUGGAGGGCCAAGCAACACUUAUACCCAUUACAUCACGACGGAGGAGGAGUAUGGCAUCCAGCGAUAUGAGGGAGCUUCGACUCUGUAUGGUCCGCAUACCCUUGCGGCUUACAUAGAUCGGACCAACGCGCUGCUUCAUCUUCUUAAGGACGAUGCUCCUCGCAGCGAGCCUGGCUCCCGUGAAAGCGGCCCCUUGCCGCCCGACAACAGUGACCGAUCGUUUGGCUUCAACACGGGCGUCUUGUUCGACAGUCCAUCACACUCUCACCAGUUUGGCGACGUGAUUGCGGACAUUCCCAAAAGCCGAUUCUCCCCCGGCGAACGGGUGACUGCAACUUUUGUCGGAGCCAAUCCACGAAACAACCUACGACUGGAGCAGACGUAUGCCGCCGUCGAACACCGCCGUCCCGGCGAGACGGAGUGGAUAGUCGCGCGCGACGACUCGGACUGGGGCCUCAUUUACUCGUGGAAGCGAAGCAGCCUCCUCAUGGGCACCAGCUCGGCGAGCGUCAUAUGGGAGAUUGAGCCGUGGACGGAGCCGGGCGAGUACAGGCUUUGUUAUUUCGGCGAUGCAAAGUCGAUUGACGGCGCGAUUACGGCGUUUGAGGGUAGAAGCGCGGCGUUUAUGGUCGUUUGA